AUGAGUGUUCAAAAAAGUUGUCGUAAAGACACCAACUGUUGCCUGACAUCUCAACCUUGUAGAAAUGGUGCUUCAUGUGUCCCACUUUAUCCUGCAACAUCCGUGAGUAACAUUCGCUUUGUAUGCAAAUGUCGACCAGGUUACCAAGGUCUCCACUGUGAUCAACCAAUCAGAUCUUGUCGCGGCUACCUCAAAACAAAGAAAAGCAACAACGGGAUCUAUUACGUCAUCGAUAAUGAAGAUAACACCUUCCCAGUCGUUUGUCGUUUUAAGAAGCACGCUGUCUGGACUUGCAUUCAAAGAUACCACAGUAAAAAUACUCUCGAAACAUCAUUUAAUAAAAACAAGUAUUCCGUGAAUGAGGAUAAGCCACGGGCAGUUCCAUAUCGCCUGUCAUCUUUCAGAAUGAAAUCCAUACGACAAAAUUCUACUACAUGGCGCAUCACUAGACGCGUUAAAAAAGAAAAGUGCUGGAAUACUACGUAUGUUACCAUUGAUGUACCGGAAGAAAAUUGCACAUCUUGCAAGUCGCAUUAUGUCCAUAAACACACCAACACAACUAACACAACUAGUAAUGACAAUCUUGAUAAAAAAGAAAAUACUGAAUGCAAUGCCAAUGAAUGCACAGAUACAGAUGCAGGUGGGAAUAUUGAUAACUAUGGAUCGUAUUGUUGUUACAACACGUCAUUUCAUGGAUGUCCAUCCGAAUUGCAAAUAAUCUCUGAAAUAUGGCUUGGGGAUAUAAUACCCUAA